CUCACUGCCACCAUGAACGCCAGGUGCAGCAUCUGCCUUGAUACCCUGACUGAGAAGUCGUCUCCUAUGACCACCGUUUGCGGCCAUCUCUACUGUCUUGACUGUGCAACGUUCAACUUUGCCUCGGACAACUCCACCUGCGCGAUUUGCCGCAGGCCACACACGCUCCCGGCGCUGAUCAAGCUCUAUCCGGACUAUGAGCGGUCCAAACUUAAUCGAGCGGGCCCAUCGUCUGGGACUCGGAGUAAGGCGCACAUUGCAAGUGCCGGCGCGGGAGUGCUCGAUGCGUGCUACGAUGUGAUCAAGAGCGAGAAAGAUGCAUGCGAUCCAGAAGCGCUGGAGACGGCGCUGUCCAAGUAUGUGCUGCACAACUGCCACAGCUUAUAUUGAAACCUUCCAGGACGAAUGAUCUGGUUCGCGACUUCGUUGACGAAGAUGACCCAGAUACUCGAAAUCUGCUGAGAACAAUAUGUACCGCGCUCUCCGAGAUCCGAUCCAGACUCGAUAAGACAUCGGGGGUACCACAGCUGGAAGAAGAAC